UUGUGAUUUAUUGAGAGUUGUUUCUUAUUUUAUUACAGAUAAAUUCGUUCAAACAUGGCUUCACGAGGCUGCAAGUAUCCUGCAGAUGCAUUUUGUUAUGUCUGCGGAUAUUUUAUCAAAACAAGAGCGAAUAAGUACUCUUUGGAAACAGGUUUUAAAAUGUACGAAGCUUACAAUGCUUAUUUCGGCAUGCCUGUGGGUGAUCAAGACAAAUCCUGGGCACCUCAUUUCGCGUGUGAAAACUGCAAAAGGACUUUGGAAGGAUGGUACAGAGGGGAAAAGAGAGCUAUGAAGUUUGCUGUGCCAAGAGUUUGGAGAGAACCCACUGACCAUUCAAGCAACUGCUUUUUCUGCAUGGUGGACCCUUCCAAACGUCGGACUGGCAAAAAAGCAAGUCAAAUCAUGUAUCCUGACAUUCCUUCAUCCAUGGCUCCAGUUCCACACAGCUCUGACCGCCCCGUUCCUACUCCUCCAGAGAAAGAGCAGGUGUCUUCCUGUGAGAGCCCUGAUUCCAUGAGUGUGGAAGACAAUGAAGGUGAAGGAUUUAAUUUACUAGCUGAUAACAAAAACCCAUACUAUCCCAACCAAAAGGACAUGAAUGAUUUGAUCAGAGAUCUUGGUCUAACCAAGUCCGAUGCUGAACUUUUGACGUCCAGACUGAUGCAGUGGAAUUUGCUGGAUCCUAGUGUUAAAGUCACAUGUCAGAGGAAGCGUCCAAUGAGAACAUGAUGGGAGAUUACAUUUGGGGAUUGAUUAGAGAAAGUGACUCGCAGUUUAAACGCAAAUGUCGAAAAACCACCCGCUUCUGAUUUACUUUUAUGUUUUUGGUUUUCUGAAGUUUUAAUAAAAUUUAGUUUUGAUUUAUA